AUGGCGCGGUCAUCAACGCGUGCGGGAACGGCGGCGGGUGGCACGUGGCCCUCUGGCUCUUCCACGAGAUGCGGGGGCGGGGGAUUCCGCCAGACGCGGUGGCCUUCAGCGACGUCGUGCUGGCCCUGGAGAGGGGCGAGGCGGCCAUCCGCUCCGGGAGGCUGCUGGCGGCCCCGCCGCCAGGGGCGGAGCUCGCCUGCGCCGCCCAGGGCGCCCCGAGCGCCUCCUCCUCGCGGCGGGGCCUGGGCAGCGCCGGCGGGCUGCACCUCUUCGGGCGGCGAGCAGGGCGUCGAGGGCUGGGCUCUGGACCGCGGCAGCGUUCAGAACCGCUGGGAUGCGCUGCUGGACGGGCUGCUCCAGGGCGUCAUGAUGGACGGCGGGUGGCCCCAGGAAGUGCGCGCCUCCGUGUUCGUGGGGCCAGACACCGUCGACCUCAGCGGCCAGGUGCAGGAGUGGUCGAUGCCCGUGGUGGCCGGCCGGCGCCACGGCAAAGCUGCCGUCUUCCAGCCCGUCACGUUCCAGUCUUGGGAGGACGCGCUCUGGUGGUCGCGGGGCAGGGCGGGCCUGCCCGGCCUCGAGUGGCGCCUGGCCCCGGCGGCGCCCGAGUCGCUGGCGUCGGCGCGCAGGCAGCAGCUCGAGGGCCUGAGGGCGGAGCUGGCGCGCCUGCCGGAGGCCGCGGCCGUGCUCGUAUUCACGCCGGCGCGGCCUGAUGUGUCCUACGACCAGCUCAGGGACCUGGGCGAACGGCGCAGCCCGCGCCCCGGCUGCGUGUACGUGUUGAUGGGAGGCGCGCACGGCUUCGACGACAGCGACGACCGCGACGGCGCGUUCGCGGCCGAGGUUCUGGCGGCCUUCUCGGAGCGCUUCGGCGACGACCGCGUCGUCCGCGUCAGUCUUGGGGCAGGUGAGCCUUCGCGAGAUGAGUCUGAGCCGAAGUUCACGCUGGCCAGUGUGGCCAGCUUCGUGAGCGUCGAGCACACGCGCGGAGCACUACGGCAGGCAAUUGCGGGCGUAGAUGCCUACCGCAAUAAAACUCGAAAGGCAUGUUGGGCAUGGUGGCUACCCUCUCUCCCCACCCCACCCCCUUCUCUAGGUCGCCCGCGGGGUGGCCCCCGCGUUGGCGAUGUGUGGAGGAUCGACCGCGAUCCGAGCGGUGGGCGCCAACCGUCGGCCGCAGGAGCAAGGGGAGGAAUGACACGGGCUUGUGAGUUUUGA